AUCCCCAGACCCCCCGACCCCUGGGACUAUACACCAGACCCCCAGACCCCCAGGCCCCCUGGGACUAUACACCAGACCCCCAGACCCCCAGGCCCCCUGGGACUAUACACCAGACCCCCCAGACCCCCAGGCCCCUGGGACUACACACCAGACCCCCUAGACCCCCAGACCACCAGGGACUACAGACCAGAUCCCAGACACCCCAGACCACCAGGGACUACACGCCAGACCCCCCAGACCCCCAGGCCCCCUGGGACUACACACCAGACCCCCCCAGACCCCCAGACCACCAGGGACUACACAGAUCCCCCAGACCCCCAGGCCCCCCGGGACUACACACCAGACCCCCAGACCCCUUGGGACUACACACAGACCCUCACCAGGCACCCUGGGACUACACACCCCAGGCACCCUGGGACUACACACCAGACCUCCCAGGCCCUGGAACUACACACCAGACCCCCAGACCCCAGGCACUAUACACCAGAUCCCCAGGCCCCUGGAACUACAUACCAGACCCUCCCAGACCCCCAGACCCCCCAGACCACCUGGGACUACACACCAGAACCCCAGACGCCCCAGGCCCCUGGGACUACACACUAGACUCCCAGAACCCCCAGACCUCCCAGACCCCCUGGGACCACCCCCAGACCUCCCAGACCCUGGGACCACCCCCAGACCUCCCAGACCCCCUGGGACUACACCCCCUGGGACCACGCACCAGACCCCUGGGACCACGCACCAGACCCCCUGGGACCACGCACCAGACCCCCUGGGACCACGCACCAGACCCUGGGACCACGCACCAGACGUCCCAGACCCCCUGGGACCACGCACCAGACGUCCCAGACCCCUGGGACCACGCACCAGACGCCCCAGACCCCUGGGACCACGCACCAGACGCCCCAGACCCCCCGGGACCACGCACCAGACGUCCCAGACCCCGGGACCACGCACCAGACGUCCCAGACCCCCGGGACCACGCACCAGACGUCCCAGACCCCCCGGACCACGCACCAGACGUCCCCAGACCCCCGGGACCACGCACCAGACGUCCCAGACCCCGGGACCACGCACCAGACGUCCCAGACCCCCCGGGACCACGCACCAGACGUCCCAGACCCCGGGACCACGCACCAGACGUCCCAGACCCCCCUGGACCACGCACCAGACGCCCCAGACCCCCGGGACCACGCACCAGACGUCCCAGACCCCGGGACCACGCACCAGACGUCCCAGACCCCGGGACCACGCACCAGACGUCCCAGACCCCCGGGACCACGCACCAGACGUCCCAGACCCCCGGGACCACGCACCAGACGUCCCCAGACCCCGGGGACCACGCACCAGACGUCCCAGACCCCCGGGACCACGCACCAGACGUCCCAGACCCCCGGGACCACGCACCAGACGUCCCAGACCCCGGGACCACGCACCAGACGUCCCAGACCCCCGGGACCACGCACCAGACGUCCCAGACCCCCGGGACCACGCACCAGACGUCCCAGACCCCCGGGACCACGCACCAGACGUCCCAGACCCCCCACGCACCAGACGUCCCACCCCCCGACCACGCACCAGACGCCCCAGACCCCCGACCACGCACCAGACGUCCCAGACCCCCCGGGACCACGCACCAGACGUCCCAGACCCCCGGGACCACGCACCAGACGUCCCAGACCCCCCCGGGACCACGCACCAGACGCCCCAGACCCCCCCGGGACCACGCACCAGACGUCCCAGACCCCCGGGACUACGCACCAGACGUCCCGGGACUACGCACCAGACCCCCGGGACUAC